GUUGAUGAUCACGUCUCCAUUGAAAUGGCGAAGAGGAUGUUUCAUGAAAGUGGCGACGAUGGCCGAUCAGUCAUGGGGAUGUUGACAGUGCAGGUGGAGCGGGACCCGAAGACAGGGGCCACUGUUGUCAGAUCUGUGGCCCCCACGUCCGCCGGGGCCGAGCGGGUCCACACGGUGUUCGACGACGGCAGGAAGAGCAUCCACACCGUGGGGGGGUCAGGAGGUCAACCCUCGACCGAGGAGCUGGGCCAGAUCCUGAGCGUCAUCGACGGGGUCGGGAUGGAGGCGCUGCUGGACGAGGUCACAGUCGUUCCCAACAUGACGGAGGUGAAGACUGAGAAGGUUGAACGCUCCGGGAUCCUGAAGGAAAAACUCCCGUCUCUCUUCACCCAUCAAGCUGUGUCUAAAGACAACAACGUGUUGGACAGAAGCUACGAGUUAGAGGCCGAGGCGAGCGUGGACGACGGCGAUAAGAGAGAGGACAUCAUGGCUGUUGGAGACGUGGGAAUAGAGGAUGUGGACGACCAGAGGUUGAAGGACGGCCCCGUGACCCUUUUGUUCCUGGGAUACACGGACGCCACAUCUGACCAAGGCGAUGGCGAAGAGGAAGAAGAAGGGAUGCUCACCGCCGAGCGAGUCAUCAUCACCGAGGACGGAGAGGAAUACCUCAUGGAACCGGAAACAGCUGCUUCACCUCCGUCAGGGUCAAACGAGGCAGCAGAGCAGGAGGUGGAGAAAGAGAAAGAGCUUCAGGACGUUCCCCUGGAAGGAGCUGGAGCUAAAGUCCAGAGAGAGGACGAGGACAAAGGGUUGAAUGAACCAUUGUCCCCCAGCACAGCAGAGACAGGAGACACCUCCAAGCCCAAGACCUGCAAGUGCUGCUCCGUCAUGUGA